CUAGGCUUAGGCUGGGAGUUUGACAGUCAGCCGUUCCGCUCUGUGGACAACGAGUUCCAUUGUUAGAGCGGGGAUACAAGCAUCUCGUCAUUGUAUCUAGUAUCUCUGGUACCGUAAUUCAAAGAAAAGAGCGCACAACUUUUUAUUUUGCAACACCAUUUGCGCUAUGACGCUAACCAAUAACAUACUUUCUCUACAGUGUAAACGGAAGGAAACAAUGACGAAGAACAAUUUCCACCUUGGCGUUUUUAUUGUUAUUAUUUUGACGUUUAUUAACAACAAGUGAAUUUAAAAUAUUAGUAAUUUAACUGCACAGCAUCACAUAUUUACCCCAUGUAGUCUUUAAUUCUCGUUGGAGACAGGACUUGGUUGAUAGACGUUAUCUAGGUAACGCUAGCUAACUAACAAUGGCUAACUGUAUGGUGUUUCACACUCAAAUAGUCUCCAUCAUGGAGGUGCUAGCGAAUUCAGCCGUGGCAGAGAUCAGUAAACUCGUAGACGAUGACUAUGCAGUGUUUCGUUUGGAAAUAACUCAAAGCCAGAAAGAAAACAGGGCAUUACGGAGGAAACUACAGCUACUGGAACUGAAGGCAGCACGGGAGCGCGCAGAGAGGACAAUGCGAGAGCGAUACAGAGGAAUGGCAAGAGGUGAAGGGCUUCUCACUGGAGGCAACAGGAACAUUGUAAAGCCAGCGGGACACAAUGGGUGGAGAAAUGACCAACCCAUAGCUAUAGAUGAGGGGAGUGAACCCUCAACCCAGCAUGCUAUUGUGAUAGAGUCUGUAGAUGCAGAGGCUGCAGGUCCUGGGGUCAAGCAGGAGAGUACUGAAGGAGAGGAGGACCCACAACACAGCAGAGACAUCCAGACUGGAGCAGCGGCUGGAGUGGCGCCCCCUGUAGCCUCAGAGGACCUGGCCACCGCUCUGAAUGUCAAUCUCAAGUCAGAGACAGACACUGAUACUUUAAAUGUAACACACCGGCUCUUACACACAGGGUCUGACCACAGAUCAGACCCAGAGGGGCUGGGUAGACUGGGCUGUCCUCCUGCUCCUGGCUCAGAUUACUUACCGGUAUUUCAUCAGAGCCAGAGGACGGUUCAUUCCCUUGGAGAUGGUGACGUGCUAGACACUGGGGUUGAUGAUCUCUCCUGUUCUUAUGAUACAGAGAUGGACCCUGGCAACAUGUCCUUAGGUUUAGAGACACAGACUGAUCUGUCUAGAGAAGACUGGAACCGGUACAGUUGUAGUGUAUAUUCUGAAAGGUGUCUAGAUAGGAAAGGGGAGGUUAUUGUGGUAGAUGAGGUGACUGUGAAAGUGGAGGGCGAUGCUCCUCCUGCACAGAAUGCAGAUAGUCACCUAGGAGAUAGACACUCACAGAGCAGAGAUUUCUUAGAUUACAGGGGAAGCUUGGAGACAAAUCUAAACGUCACAACAAAUUCUCCUUUACAUGCUUUCAAGGAUCGCGACCCAGUGUCCACGUCGAUGGGGCCUUCCGGUUCACACCAUUUCGAUCAGGUAUUGAACUCAAACAACAGGGCUGGAGCCCAGGUUCAGGGAGGGAGAGCCACAUCAGGCAAUGGUAAAGAGAAACGGUUCCUCUGCAUGUUCUGUAACAAAGGCUUCAGGUGCCUCCAGAAGGUGGAGAUCCACCAGAGGGUCCACACAGGGGAGAACCCCUUCAGUUGUACCCAGUGUGAGAAGAGAUUCUCCCGCCAGGACCACCUGAAGAGGCACCAGAUGGUCCACACAGGGGAGAAACCCUUCAGCUGCCCCCAGUGUGAGAAGAGGUUCUCCCGCCAAGACCAGCUGAAGAUGCACCUGAAGGUCCACACGGGAGAGAGGCCAUUCUCCUGUACGCAUUGUGGGAAGAGGUUUUCAGAGAGGAGCUACCUCAGGACACACCAGCAGAAAAUGCACACGGCCCUUGUAUAGAGUAUGGUGACAUGUAAUCAGGAUGAAAGUAAGGUGGUCCUGGUGGUGUCCCGGCAAAAUAUAUAGUGGGGGUACGCCGUACCGGUAAAACAUGAGCCAAUCACAAUAAUGCAAGCAAAAUGUCAAGAAAACUGUAGGCUAUUACACCAUUAUUUUUCAUUAAGCUACCGCAUAGCUGAGACAUGAACAAUUUGCGAAUGGACUUGAAAACCAGUGGUAUAACUUCUCCAAAAUUCGACGUGGUUCGACGGGAACACUGACAUUUUUCCAAGGCAGUGAUGAAUGGCUGACAGAGACACGUGGACAGCAGUGGAUGUAUAAAUUCUGGCCCAAUGAAAAAUCGUCAAAAUGUCAUUAGACUUUGUGGUGUUUUGUGUGACAGACGUCUCUUUCCGUUUCCAUGUUUGGGGGCUGGAAAUACAGUGCAUUCAGAAAGUAUUCAUAGCCCUUGACUUAUUCCACAUUUUGUCAUGUUACAGCCUGAAUUCAAACGGUAUUCAAUAUAUUUUUUUCUCUCAUCCAUCUAAACAUGUUUUUAGAAAUGUUAGCAAAUUUCUUAAAUUAAAUACAGUUAUCUAAUUUACAUAUGUAUUCACAAUCCUGAGUCAAUACAUGUUGGAAUCACCUUUGACAGUGUUUACAGCUGUGAUGUCUUUCUGGCUAAGUCUCUUAAGAGGAUUGCACACCUGGAUUGUCCAAUAUUUGCACAUGAUUUUUUCAAUUUUUCAAGCUCUGUCAAGUUGGUUGUUGAUCAUUGCUAGACAGCCAUUUAAGUCUUGCCAUAGAUUUUCAAGCUGCUUUAAGUCAAAACAUUUAACGUCAUCUUGGUAAGCGACUCCAGUGUAUAUUUGGCCUUGUUUUAGGUUAUUGUCCUGCUGAAAGGUGAAUUAAUUUCCCAAUGUCUGGUGGAAAGCAUACUGAACCAGGUUUUCCUCUAGGGUUGUGCCUGUGCUUAUCUCCAUUCCGUUAACUUUUUAUCCUGAAAACCCCCACAUUCCUUAACGAUUACAAGCAUGCCUAUAACAUGAUGCAGCCACCACUAUGCUUGAAAAUAUGGAGAGUGGUACUCAGUAAUGUGUUGAAUUGGAUUUGCCCCAAACAUACACUUUUUUUGCCCUGAAUACAGUGUUAUUGCUUUGCCACAUUUUUUACAGUAUUACUUUAGUGCCAUGUUGCAAACGGGAUGCAUGUAUUGGAAUAUUGUUAUUCUGUAGAGGCUUCCUUAUUUGAACUCUGUCAAUUAGGAUAGUAUUGUGAAGUAACUCUAAUUUUCUUGAGCCAUCCUCAGUUUUCUCCUCUCACAGCCAUUAAACUCUAACUAUUUUUAAGUCACUACUGACAUCAUGGUGAAAUCCCUGAGCGAUUUCCUUCCUCUCAGGCAACUGAGUUAGGAAGGAUGCCUGUAUCUUUGUUGUUACUGGAUGUAUUGAUACACCAUCCAAAGUGUAAUAACUUCACCAUGCCCAAAGAGAUAUUUCAUGUCUGCUUUAAAAAUAUAUAUAUUGAAAUACCUAUAGGUGGCCUUCUGUGCGAGGCAUCGGAAAACCUCCCUGGUCUUUGUAUUUGAAAUUCACUGUUCGACUGAUGGACAUUACAGAUAAUUGCAUGUGUGGGGUACAGAGAUUAAGUCAUUAAAUAAAAAAUAAAAAACAUUAAUGCUGAACUUAUUUAGACUUACCAUAACAAAGGGGUUGAAUACUUAAUGACUAAAGACAUUUCAGCUUUUCAUUUUUAAUUCAUUAGUAAAAUAAUUCCAAAAAUGUAAUUCCACUUUGACAUUAUGGGGUUUUGUGUGUAGGCCAGUGACAAAGGAAUUAAUCAUUUAAUGUAUUUUAAAUUCAGGCUAACACAAAAUGUGGAAAAAUUCAAGGGGUGUGAAUACUUUCUGAAGGCAAUCCUGACCCUGGACCCUAGAUAAGAUAGACUGGGCUAACACAGCAAACCUUUUAGGCCAAUAAUAUCCUGUUUUUAAAUGUGUUUUUUUGUUUGCUUUAUAAUCGUGAGAGAAAUUAGUUAUACAUAGAUAGCUAUCAAGGUUAGCAGUCUUUUCUCAAAAUGAACCUCAUUGUGCUUCUACAUCUGCAUUGUUUGGGGUUUUAGGCUGGGUUUCUGUAUAGCACUUUGACAUCUGCUUAUGUAAAAAGGGCUUUAUAAAUGCAUUUAUAAAUACCAGGCCUUUGGCAUGGUGCAGGAGCAGAUAGGGUCAAAGUAGUGGGUUAAUGAGUCUAGGGUUAGUUGGAAGGGUGUUUAUUUAUUUUAAAAUAUAUAUUUGUCUUCCAAUUUAAAAUGUUUUUUUUUUUAAUUAUCAGAAAGUAUAAUGGAUUUAUAUUAUAGUCCAGUUGGGGGAGGCAAUGCAACAUAUUGGAUGCCAACCGCCGUUAAACUCCGAAGAAGAAGUAAAGGGAAGUAAACAGUGAUCAAGAAAACGUCAGCGUUUUAGCAAAAAUAUUACUCAUUUAAUUGCACAGCAUCACAUACUUAUCCAAUGUAGUCUUUAAUUCGAUUUGGAGACAGGACUUGACUGAUAGCUAACGUUACCUAGAUAGCAUCUAACAAUGGCUAACGUGAACAGUAUGGUUUUCCACACUCAAAUAGCCUCCAUCAUGGAGGUGCUAGCGAAUGCAGCCGUGGCAGAGAUCUGUAAAGUCGUAGACGACGACUAUGAAGUGUUUCGUUUGGAAAUAACUCAAAGCCAGAAAGAAAACAGGACAUUGAGGAGGAAACUACAGCUUCUGGAAAUGAAAGUGUCACGGGAGCGCACAGAGAAGACUAUGCGAGAGCGCGUUCUCGCCAGUCCCAGAAGUGUUAAGAUCCUCGACCGAUACAGAGCAACGGCAAGAGGUGAAGGACAUUUCACUGGAGGCUACAGAAGCAUUGUGAAGCCAGCGGGACAUAAUACAUGGAGAGAUGACCAACCAAUCACUGUUGACGAAGGGAGUGGAACCUCAACCCAGCAUGUUAUCGUGAUCGAGUCUGCAGAUGCAGAGGCUGCAGGUCCUGGGGUCAAGCAGGAGAGGUCUGAAAGACAGGAGGACCCACGUCACUGCAGAGACAUCCAGACUGGAGCGCCCCCUGAAGCCACGGGGGACCUCGCUGCCGCCGCGCCCCAGCCCAGGACCCGACGCAGCAUCAUGGAGGAGGAGGAGGGUCCAGAGGUGCUGCUGGUGAAGGAGGAGGGGUGUGAGGAGGGUCUGGGGAACCCUGAGGAGGCCAUAGUCGUGGAUGACAACCAGACUACACCUCCUGAACCCACAGAGGAACCAGCUGAGCAGCACAGGACCACACACAGUCUCACUGAGUCAGUAGACAUGGACGAUGGGAAGCCUGAUCUGCUUCUAGUCAAAGAGGAGACAAUACAAGACGGACCAGAGAGCAUUCAUCUGCUGAGUGGACUAAAGAUGGGGGAGCAAGGUGGUUGGCUGGAGGCUAACAGAGACUGGACGGCCAUCUUGGAUUCCCAGACCCAGGCGGGUCCAGCCAAGGGUCCAGGGGACAACAUCACUGAGCCGGCCAGGACUAGAGGUGACAUAGUCAAGUCUGCAGUCCAUGAAGACCUGCUGAUAUCCUGUGUUACUGGCGGGAGAGACUGGACCUCUGAAGUGGCUGGUCACAAACCCUGGCAACAAAUCAGAACCCUGGAUCAGGAGCCGUCUCUCUUCCUUCCUGAAUCGGAACCAGGACCCAACCAAGAGGGACAGAGACUCCACCACCACACAGAACACAACCAAUGGACAGGUGGACUGAACAACCUCGGUCCUGGUGGUCAUCAGAGAGACCCAGGCUCCAUUCAGGGAUCCAGUCUGCAGCCCAGACCCUUCUCUUCACAGUCUCAGUGCAGGGAUGAUACAGGGCCUGGGGCUGAUAGAGAUAGACCCUCCUGUUCCUAUGAUACAAACACCACAGUAUCUAUGAUGAAUAGAGCAGGUCACCCUGGGCUUCAGCCUUCACAGGUAGUGGUGGGAGACCCCCCUGGUGGUAGUCGGUCUUCUCCUUCAGGGUCUCAUCUAAUGCCUGGUGGGGUCUGGGUUCAUAGAAGGCCUGGGCCUGAAUCUGGGUCUAGCCUUCCUCAGCUACCUCAUGGUUACCCCACAAAUACAAACAGGGUCAGGAUCGGUGUUCACAACGAGACGUACCUAGCCUAUAACACAGCACACAAUCCCAACAACACCCAAACAAUGGCUAGAGGUCAAGGAGGGAGUUCCAACACUAACCACCUGAGGGCAGUGGCUCCUGCUUCUACCUCCUCUAGUGUCAUUGGGUCACAACAUGGGAGGCCGAGCAUUAGGACGGACGCCGAUAAGCCGUUUGCCUGCCCCACGUGUGGGAAGCUCUUUGCUAAGACAAAAUAUAUGAAGCAGCACCAGACCGUUCACACCAAGGAGAGGCCCUUCAAGUGCAAACUAUGUUACAAGAGCUUCUCCUUCUUGAGUUACCUCAUCAGACAUAGGCGUGUCCACAACAGGGAGAAAUUGUAGCUAUUCUUUAGCUGAAAUAUUGUAGUUCUCAUUAAGUCUACUGGGGUCAGAGUUUUUGGGGGAUUACUAGGUCCUUUUAGUUAAUUGUCUGGGGAUGCUCACAUGAUACAGGCUUGUUGUUUGGUGUGCUGGCAUAGCCAAAAAAACCACUGAAAUUAGCCAAAAACUAAGUUUUCAUUCAUUUUUACAAUACCCAAAAUUUUGGGGACUUUGUACCUGUGGAACAUAGUGGAAACCCUUUAAAGCUCGGUCCUUGCCCUCCGGGGGUCCUUGCUAUCCAGAAUCCUUGGGAUGUUACACACAACAACCCCCCCGCCUCUGAAUUUGGUUUUGCCUUUUUUUUUCUAUUCAUAACAAAUGAUUUAUAACACCUUUAACACAUUUGGCAUAGUCAGGUUGCACCUGUUCCUUUAUGUGAUCAAAUCUGUUAAUAAAUGAGAAAUCAUUUCCUUUU